UAAGGGAUACCUUCCAAACAGCUCAAGACAAUCCGCCUGAAACACUUCAAACUCUCUUCACAUAUAAGAAAAGAUUUGGUCAAGCACAAAGAUUUCUCAAUACAGUUCCUUGCAUGGGCACGAACUUCAGGUGGUCCUCCUCAAUUCCAGAAUACCUCAGAAGAAAUGUCUUUGAGAAUAUCACAGAUAUUGAUUUCGAAUUCGAUGAUAAGGUCGGAUUUAACCUUUUAUUUUUCUACAACGCACUUGACAGUGGCGAAUUUUCUGAACAUAAAAACGAGUGGAUGACGAUACAUAAACAGAGAGUAAUAGAGUAUGGACAAAAGUAUGAUGAUGAUAAAUUGAACUGCAUCCUCGAAACCAUGCCUGGUGCUGUCCAAAUCCCGGUUAAUCAGAAACGUCUGCCACGUAAUCUACUAGCAAAGAUAGUAAUUGUUCAGCGUGCUGAAAAUGGCAACGACUACAAGUUCAGAGUUCAUGUCAAAAGACCCUGGGAAGGUUUGAUUACUCUACUUGAGUACGAUUUUUAUGACAUCCAAAAUAACAACAAGAAAGAAUGCUUGGGAGAACAGGCUGAAGCAAGAGCUAGGGUUCAAGCCAAAAUUGUAGUCUGGGAAAAAGAUCCCGGCAAUCAAGUGGAAUAUGCCCUUGUUGGUAACGAUGUAGCUUAUGCACGUGAACCAAGAAAAUCAAUCAAGUUUUUAGAUCUUCAAGAUGAACCCAAUCUCACCCAGUUUUUGAUGGGAUGUGCUUGA